GUGAAAAAGUUCAAAUAUUUAACUUUUCACCUAGGAGUGAAAAAACAAAUUUACUUCAAUGAAAAACAAAUUAAGAUUUAAUCGGAAUUUUUUAAUCUCCUUUACGUCAUAGCCUUGGUGUGAUACUGUACGACGAGUAUAUAAAGAGUUGGGGGAAGUUCGCCUAGGCGACGAUCAAGUUGGACAAAACACACGUCAUAUCCAACAGUGCAGAAUGAAGAAGUGCUUCACAUACCGGCUGAAACAAGUGCCAGCACCAGAGCUAAUAUCCGCUGUGCAGAGAAAAGACUUGACGAAAGUAGAGCUCGCUUGGAAAACAUGGAAAGAAAAAGUCUGGGUCAUUUGGACGCUCAAAGGAAACUGUUAGAAAAGUCUAUGAUGGCAUAUAGUGAAAAGAUGAAGGAUAUCGCUAGCUCUAAAAAUAACGAAAUUUUCCGCGAGUUACAAACUAGAAACGCUUCACGGAAUGACAUAAGGGUCAAGUCCCCGACCCAUUCUAUUAAAUCUAACCAUAGCCUUCCAGCAAGAUUAACUCCUAGAGUUAUUAUGAACGAUCACUACAGAAAAUUAAAAGGUUUCCACCAAGUUAAUAUCUUUACACCUAUUGAGGAAAGAUCUAAAGAAUCCACACCAGUUUCACGGACAAAAUCUCACUUUAUCCGGGCAGCUACAUUUUGCCAGUCACGUGAAUCUGAAACGGAAGUUCUCGCAUCUAAAAACAGUAACAGACACAGUAUUUCAUGUCUUACUAGAAUCACGGUAGAAUGUGAUAAUAGUGAUUCAGAAAUAUACAGUACGGGAUCAAAAGUUCACCCACGUGUAGCGACAGGUUCGAUACCGUGGUUGAAGAAUGACAAUUAUGACAGCGCGUACAGCUCUGCAUCCGAGGAGCUAGAAUAUUCGGACACUGCCAGUGAAUUAUCGGACCAAACUUGUACAUCUUAUAAUAAUAUGAAAUCAAACGGUAAGACAGAAAAUCUUUUAACUGUGCCAGUAGUACAUGUAAGAAAACACAAUCGAAAACUCCGAAGAAAAAAGGCAACACUGGACAACCGAAGCCAAACGAAUCUUUCCAACUCGCAGUCUAAUCAAUUAACUCUCGCAACCAAUGCACAGAGAUGAUUUUCUAACAAAAAAGUUAAAAACUGAUAUUGAAACUGUACAGAAAAAGGAACUUAAUAUAUACACUACAGAGAAUAAGGACCUUUAAAUGUUGUAAUCAACCUUGAAUACUAUCAUAUCAUUGUGAAAAUUUCGAUAGGUUUCGGUACGCUAUAUAUGAUAUGAUAUUAAAAUGAAGGUUAUUGUAAAUAAUGACAGGCGAUUUGUAUAGGAUAUCAAAUAAGUUGUAAAAUCUGCAUGUAUAUGCACUUCGAAUUCUUAAUAUUCUUUUCUUUCUUUUUUUUCGACUUAGAAAUGCAUAUGAUGUAAGAAUUUAAAUAUUUCAUGACCGAGAAAGACUUUUUGAAAACCUUAUUUACAUUUUGUUUUCUUUAUAAGGUCAAAGACGUUUGGCUCAUGAUU